CGCCGACCACCCACUGAUGACUUCUCGCUGCCGUCUUCUGAUUUUCCGACCACCGCUUGACUAAAUUCUAGCAAUUCAUUUGGUUUUGGGCUUCCCUCCCCCCCUGAGGGACGACCAUUGCUGAACGCCGGACACCGCCGAGUGCUUGCCGCAUCCUCCUGGACACUCAAUUUUUCACCAUAAAGAGGCCUGAAAAUUGACACCCAUGGGUUCUUGCAAAAACUGCAAAUCCAAAAGCCUAAUCACCGACAGUGUAACCGGGAACCUAGAGUGCUCCUCUUGUGGCGUAGUUCAAGAUUUCGACAACUAUGAGCAGCAAACGUUCAAUGCUGACGGACCAAUUGGUACUAACGUGCGAUUGGGCACAUCUGGAUCCUGGCAUGAUUAUUCCUACCGUGAAACCAAGAUUUACUUGGCUCAAAAGAUUGUCUCGGAUAUAUUAUUAAAGCUUGAUUUAGAAAACAGGGUUGAUGAGGUUAAUAACAUGAUCAAAAUCAUAACUGAAGAAGAAUACGGUUCUGGUAAUUGGUUCAAUGUGCUUGUUGGCGCAUGUAUUUAUGUGGUUAUGCGAAAAGCGAACAAGUGCUUACCUUUGACGAGUGUCUGUAAUUGUGUCGGUUGCGAUAGUUACGAAUUAGGUCGGAUGGUGUACCGUGUUAUCGACCAUCUUGAUCUCCGGUUGCCGGAUUUUGAUAUAGUGGGUUUGUUUGAUAGAGUGAUUAAAGAAUGGGUUGGGUGCAGGAGUAAUAUUAGUAAAGAUAAAGUGGGGAGGAUGGUGAAACAAGGAAUUUUCUUGCUUCAAUGUAUGAUUAAGUGGUAUGUAACGACCGGGCGGCGGCCGGUGCCGGUGGUGGUGGCGGCGAUUGUGUUCGUUUGCGAGCUUAAUGAAGUUGAGGUUAGUCUCGAGGAUUUAGCUAGUCAGUUGAAUGUGGCGGCCGGCACCUGUAAGUUGCGGUAUAAAGAAAUCUUGAAGAGAUUAGUAGAUGUUGCAAAAGUUCAUCUGCCAUGGGGCAAUGAUGUUUCUGUUAAGAAUAUUAUGAAGAAUGCUCCGAUUGUUAUCCAAUAUAUGGAGAUGAAGUCGAUGUGUAACCCUGCAAAACAAAUCAAGACUUUAGAGGAGGUGGGUAUGGAUUUGGAUGGUUUAGUUGUUGAUAGUCUAAAUAAAGGAGAUGAAAAUCACUCGAUUGAAGAUUAUACGCAUAAUAGGUCACAAGGUUCAACUUAUUGGGCAAACGAGGAUUUGGAGAGGCUUAACGUUUCAUCCGAAUGCUUAUCCACGAUUUACUUGAAGUACUUGGAUGAAUAUUCUAACGUGAAGACGUCAAUCCAGGGAAUAGACAAUAGAAUGACAGAAUGGACUUCAAAAUCUGAUUUUUGUAUGGAUACAAGGGACUUCUGGUGUGGAGACUCAGAAUUAAGCAAGAAGCUUUUUCUCAAUAAAAUAUUGGAAAAAGACGUUGGAUUGAACGCUAUGCCUCCAUCUUUUGUUAAGGGAUGCUUGAAAACCCAGAGGAGAAAAGAAAAGAUAGAGGCUGCUAAGAGGCGGAUAGUGAAGAUAAGGCGGCCAUCGAUGGCUGCAAUUGAGAGUGCUGAUCUGUGUGUAAGACUUCCUGUUUCUUCUUCAAAGAGAAAACGGCGAGAUACUGAUUGGGAAGAUUUUGUCAUUGAAACUCUGCUACUUCAUCAAGUGAAGGAAGAGGAAAUAGAGAAAGGGUACUACAAUACCUUGUUGGAUCUUCACGUUUUCAACUCUGGUACCUGUUAAAUUACACAUCCAUGUAAAUACUUUGUCGAUUUUGCAUUAUUGAACAAAGGGUAUACAUAUAUUUACAUUUAUAAUGCAUAUCUUAGAC